GGCUGAUACCGGGAGACUGGUGCACGUUGUUUCUUUUUAAGGUCAAAGUUCACAGCAUGCGGAAGUGACUAAAUACAUCCAUGGAUCAAGUUCUUUCUCUGCAGUUUGGCUCUCUUUAAAUCAGUAUAGUAAUUUUUUUACCAGCAGGCUAGCAGUUAGGUGGGUAUCGGUUAAAUUUACUGUGAUAGCUGACUUUAGUAUGACGUUAUGUGGAAGUACUCACACGGUCGUUAAAAGCUAAAACCCCAAUAGAGCUUCUCAGCCUGUCUGCAGUAAUGACCACCAUUGUUCAUGAUACUACAGAGGCAGUGUGCCUCUCCGCUGAGUACAACUUGUACCUGAAGCCCAUUGCCAAAAUGACCAUCAGUGUUGCGCUGCCCCAGCUCAAGCUGCCAGGCAAGAGCAUCUCCAAUUGGGAAGUAAUGGAGAGAGUUAAGACAAUGGUAGCUCCAGAGCAAUUUUCAGCCCUGCGCAUCUCCAAAAGCACUAUGGAUUUCAUCCGCUUUGAGGGGGAGGUGGAAAACAAGAUGGUGGUUAAAAACUUGCUAAGCCGUCUGGAUGGGAAGAGCAUCAAACUCAGUGGAUUUACUGAUGUAUUGAAGGGCUACAUGAAUGAGACUCUGCCAGGAGAGCGGCCUGACACUAUCCGCCUAGAGGGGCUUCCUUGCCGCUGGUUCAGCCAGAAGGACAGCCAGUACCCUGACCGGCCAUCUGAAGAAGUCCUUACUGCUGUCUUCCAGAGCUUUGGCAAGGUGCGAAAUGUUGACAUCCCUAUGUUGGACCCAUACAGAGAAGAAAUGCUGGACAGGAACUUUAGUACUUUCAGUUUUGGGGGUCAUCUGAACUUUGAGGCUUAUGUCCAGUACCAGGAGUACUGUGGUUUCACCAAGGCCAUAGACACUCUGCGCGGCAUGAAGCUGAUGCUCAAAGGAGAUGAUGGAAAAGCAGUGGCCUGCAACAUUAAGGUGAUGUUUGACACUAGCAAGCACAUGAGUGACUCAGCUCUGAAGAGGAGGAGCCUGGAGAGAAUGAAGUUGCAGGAGCUGGAGAGGCAGAGAGAGGAGCAGAAACGACGGGAGAAGGAAGAGGAAGAGCGCCGCAAGGAGGAAGAGAGGAAACAGAAGGAGCACGAAGAGGAGGAGAAGGAGAGAAAAAAGGAGGAGAGGCUGCAGAAGCGAGAGCAAAAGCUUCGGAAGAGAGAAGAAAGGAAGAACCUGAAGAGGGUGAGGCGACAGCAGGAGGAGGAACAGAAGAAGCUGCAGAUGAAGAUCGCCAUGGAGGAGAGGAGGCUGCUGCUGGCUCAGCGCAACCUUGAAUCUAUACGGCUCAUCGCUGAGCUGCUGGCCAGGGCCAAGACUCUGAAGCAGCAGCAAGAGGAGAAGGAGAGGGCUGAACGCGAGGAAAAGGAAAGGCAGGAGCAGGCUCGACAGAAGGAGGAAUUGGCCCGGCUUCAGCAGCUGGAGGUGUGCCGACGCAAGCAGGAGGAGGAGCUCCAGAGGGUGGAGGUGGAAAAGGAGCGAGCGCUGGAGCUCCAGCGCCGAGAGAAGGAGCUAAGAGAGAAACUCCUCUGCAACCUGCUGAAGAAGAGCAAUGGAAGAACUACAGAACCUCCAGACAUGCAGGACCAGGCUGGCUGCGUAACAACAGAGGAGGCCUCUGGUCCUGGUGGCAGUGACGUGAUGUCGGAGGUCCUGGGUCAGGUGAAUGGAUCUGUGGCAGCUGAGAGCAAAGAGAAGCAGGUGUCUAAAUCUAGUGUGCACUACCAAGUUUCAGGGAAAACAAGAGUCACAGACAGGAGAGGACCGGAUGACAGGAAGAAAGACCGGGAGGGAAGAAGGGAAGAGGUGGUGAAAAGCAGGCACAGCAGGCACAGCAGGGAUCGAGUGGGAGACCAGGACCACUCCCACAGAGAGAGGAGCUCCUACAGUGGGGGGAGGAAGAGGCGUUCCCACAGUUCCAACAGGAAGAGAAGGAGCUCCAGUCGUCAUAGGAGGAGCUCCAGACAUCACAGGAGGAGCUGCAGUCACCACGGCAGCAAGAGGCACAGCCAUAGCCACUGUAGCAGAAGCACGAGCUCGAGCAGAGACAGGAGCAGGAGCAGCAGCGGGAGGAGCUACAGCAGGGGUAGGAGCCGAAGACGCAGUCACCGAAGAUACAGCAGAGAUAGCUCCAGGAGCAGCAAUGUCAGCGGAGACAGGAAGAGUCACAGUCAUUACAGUCGAAGAUACAGGAGACACAGCAACAAUAGAGACAGGAGCCACUCCAGGCGACGCUAAGCUCACCAAUAUCAUCAGUUUAUUAAGUGAUAUAUACUUAAAGUGCAACAAGUUUUAGAAGAAAAACGGGUAUUUUGGUCCUUUAAUUAGGCAAUGUGACCAAAUGGCUGGAGAAAUGUUUGGUUUAGGAAAAAAAAAAAACUAAGAAGUCUAAUCAACACCACAGAAACAACUAAAGCAGCAUAUGUAUGUGAGAAACUUGGAAGUUGUUGUGGUAGAAAGUAAAAUUUAUCUUUGAAAUUUUAGGUAGUUCACAGUAAAGAUACUGUCAGCAGCUCUGACUUAACAAUAUGGGAGAAAAUAAACCUCAGCUUUACUGUUUGGUUUCACUAGACUAUACAAUAUGUGAAAGAUAAUGUAUCAGCAUUUGUACAGGGUACACUAAACCCCACCCUGAAAAUUAUAACAAGAAUAAACACAAUUGCGUCUUAAACUUAGGUUCAAAGUUAGUGAUCCACUAUACACCCUUAGCUUUGAUAUUUAUUUUAUUAGAAGUGAAGAAUGCUGCUGCUGCAUUUCAAAUGUGAAGCUUCCACAGACUAAAAUACAUACUCCUGUUUUUAGACCAACUGAUAGAUCUGCUAGUUUCAUUUUCAUGUGUUAGCUUCUAAAAUAUUUCUUGGAAUACUGCUACAGGUUUGGCUGUGUUGCUUUUAAGCUGCUCAGUUAAACAUGUGACUGAAUUCUACAACAAGAGGCAGCAUGUUUGAUCAUAGUUUUAAUUAAGAAAGGGUUGUUUAUUUUAUAUUUCUUUCUCUUUUUUUAUUUGAGUACUUGAAUUCUGUGGGAAUGCAUCCAAUAUACUGUCCCCCCCCAAAAGUUACUCAGUGCUCAAAGCUUUGCUAACAAUCCCACAAUGUGGUGCCUUUUAUGGAUUCCACCACUGAAGACAAGAUGAGACAACAUGAUAAGUAAUCUUGUUUACUUCUCACUACUGGUUAAACCAUAUAUAUAUAUAUAUAAAUAUAUAUAUGUAUAUGUAGUGAGAGUGAUUUCUGACAGAGCCAGGAUGUUUGAAUUCAUGAUGACAUUGAUUCUGACUCAGUAGCCAGUACACUCCCUUUUUCCCUGACCAUAUGCAAGUGAUGGAUUUCAGAGCGGUCCAGUUUCUUCAAGAGCGUCAGAAGUCAGGAAUAACGUCUAAUAUUUGUUUAGCUAACAAACACAGUACCAAGUUAAAAAAAAUAGGAGGUUAGCCUGUUUUCAGGCUCACGUUGUAGUACCGGAAACAUUUUUAGCCUUGCUAGUUAUUGUACGGACUGUUUUUGUAACUGAAUUAGAGUAAGGGGGGAAGUUGGUCACACUUUUGUUUAUGCUUCUUUUUUUGAUGUUGUUACUUGUAAUGGCAAGCCACAUUUGAUGUCUUGCAUACACAUCUACAAUAAAAAUCCAUGAUAGGAA